GUCCAGCGCGCAGCUAGCUGGUUACGACUCCCUUUUUGGUAGUCUGGAAAUGCGAGCUAGUCAGACGCUCCAAAUUGAGAAGUUGGUCGUGGUUGACGGCGGUGGCCAAGCCGGACCAGUGAGCGCGCAGGACGGAUAGUGUUUUCUCGCACACCCGUGAAAUAUCCUAUGGACGCCCGAUCUGUUGUUGCAUGUUUUUGAUGAUUACGUUUCCGUCCGAGCAUAAGCUGAAGUCUUCGCAGAGGGACAAGGUCCGGCAGUUCAUGUCCUUCACGCAGGCUGGGGAGAAGACUGCUGCUUACUGUCUGACCCAGAAUGACUGGAAACUAGAGGUGGCCACAGACAACUACUUCCAGAACCCAGACCUCUACUACAAGGAAUCAAUGAAAACCCCUGUGGAGAAGAAGAAGCUGGAACAGCUCUACAACCGCUACAAAGAUCCCCAGGAUGAGAAUAAGAUAGGCAUCGAUGGCAUCCAGCAGUUCUGCGAUGACCUCACCCUGGACCCGGCCAGCAUCAGUGUCUUGGUGGUGGCGUGGAAGUUCCGGGCCGCCACCCAGUGCGAGUUCAGCAAGAAGGAGUUCCUGGAUGGCAUGUCUGAACUGGGGUGCGACAGCCCAGAGAAGUUGAAGGCUCUUCUUCCCAGGUUAGAACAGGAGCUUAAAGACAGUGGCAAGUUCAAGGACUUCUACCAGUUCACAUUCAACUUCGCCAAGAACCCUGGACAGAAGGGUUUAGAUCUAGAGAUGGCUGUGGCCUACUGGAACCUGGUACUGACAGGCCGCUUUAAGUUCCUGGACCUCUGGAACAGGUUCUUAUUGGAACACCACAAACGGUCGAUUCCCAAAGACACAUGGAACCUACUCUUGGAUUUUGGCAACAUAAUCGCAGACGACAUGUCAAAUUACGACGAGGAGGGGGCGUGGCCAGUUCUCAUAGACGAUUUUGUGGAAUUCGCCCGGCCGAUCGUAACAGGAUCCAAACGCAAAACCCACUACUAAAAACCCAGCUCUUGAAAGGGGGUCUGAACUUUGGUUCCUCUUCAUUGACUGUUGGAUUUAAAAACAAUAUAUACUUUUUAAGAGGAAACAGAGAAACACUUGAAUCCGUGACACUGCACAACUAUCAGGUAACCAACCUAUGAGGGAAGAGUGAGAGGAAAACACAGGAAGCAAGGCUUUAUUUCUAUCCUUGUUUGAUGGGAGUCGCCACGUGCACAUUGCCAGCUGGCAGUACAUGUCCCAGCCUGAGGGCCAGCUGGGAAGAGGCCUUGGGGAUAUCAGUGUUCCAGGCAACGCUCCCUUUGGAAUCUCAGUAUUCCAGUGAAGAGGAGAAAAGGAGAGAUUCCCCCCCUGGCACAGUCUCGCUCUCUCUCUCUCUCUUGCAGCUCUGAGAAUUCGGAUUUACAAGUGUGAAAAAUUGUGUGUUUUUGGGGUUGAUCCUUGUUAGUUAGCUUUGUGUGGCACGCAGGGCUCUGAGGGGACUGUUCAGAACGGGCCUUGUUUCUAAUACAAACACUUUGGGACAGACCGAGCUGCUUGCAACGUUUGCUCACAACACCAGCGUCAACAAAACUGUUAGUUAUAUACUGUAUAUAUUAUACUGUCUUUUAAAACAGUAUGUACAGAGAAUUAUAUAAAGAAUAAUAUAAAUAAGUUACAUUUAUGAAUAUAAGAGACAUCUUUUUGUGUAAAUUUAAAAAUAAAAUAAAAGAUCUGGUAUAUGAUGCCUCUAACAUUUGAUAGAAUUUUAGGUCUGGUGUGUACCAAGUCAUUAUUUUAUUUCAACGUUUGGGUUGGAAAAAUUCCAACAUUCUGUGUUUUAGAAUCUUCUUUUGGUUCACUAUGUUAUAUUUGUUAAAAACGAAUACAUUUCAGCCAUUUUAAGUAAAUGGACCCUGACUCUAAAUGUUUGUCCCAUUCGACAUCUGUAUAUUAGGCAAAGGCUGUUCAUUCUGGCCCACAAAGACUGAAAUACUGUUCUGUUCUUCCUGGUUGUUUUGGAGGUUUGGAUAAAACAAAUGUAAUGCAGUGUCUGCAGGCCAAUUAAUGACACUAAUUUGUCAAUUAAGUGUAGGCACAAAAGACCAGCAGGACUGUGGACCUCAAUGACUGAUUUGUGCGCUUCUGCAUUACGUAAUUUAAACACCCCAAAUACGGAACCACAAAGCAGUCACUGGGGGGCACUGUUUGUCAUGCAUGUGUGUGCGAGAGGGAGUGCUUUGGACAGUGCUUACGUGUGUUGAAAAGGUGCCUGCUGCCCAUCAUCUUAGUAUUAAUGCCUUUGUGACACGCAUUUAUUUACACUGUCAUUCACUAAUCACACAGGUAUUGUUAGUUUGGAAAGGAAUAUUGAAUAAAGCAUGUUUUUAUCAGAAAUUAA